ACCCGCAAAGCAAGCAAUACAAACCCAAUCCACUCCCCUCCUCUCGUCUUCCUCCAUCCCAUCCUAUCUCUGCGGCCACGCCAUGGCCGCCAUGACCGCCGCGGCCGUCUCUCUGUCGUCCUCCCCUGCCAAGGCCAAUGCCGCCGCCGCGCUGUCCCCGUCGUCAUGCAGCCACUUCCUGGCGUACCCGCGGCGCAGCGCCGCCGGCCGGGCGAUGCGGGUGCAGGUGUCGACGACGGAGACCGCGGAGGCGGCGGCGGCGCCGGUGAAGAAGGCCAAGAUCUCCAAGAAGCAGGACGAGGGGGUGGUGACCAACAAGUACAAGCCCGUGGAGCCCUACGUGGGGAGGUGCCUGCUCAACACCAGGAUCACCGGCGACAACGCGCCGGGGGAGACGUGGCACAUGGUCUUCAGCACUGAAGGUGAGUUACCCUACAGGGAGGGGCAGUCCAUCGGCGUCAUCGCCGACGGCGUCGACAAGAACGGCAAGCCGCACAAGGUCAGGCUCUACUCCAUCGCCAGCAGCGCUAUCGGGGACUUUGGCGACUCCAAGACCGUGUCGCUGUGCGUCAAGAGGCUGGUGUACACCAACGAUCAAGGGGAGAUCGUCAAAGGAGUCUGCUCAAACUUCCUAUGCGACCUGAAGCCCGGCUCUGAGGUGAAGAUCACAGGGCCAGUCGGCAAGGAGAUGCUCAUGCCCAAAGACCCCAACGCAACGAUCAUCAUGCUCGCGACGGGUACCGGUAUCGCUCCCUUCCGCUCCUUCUUGUGGAAGAUGUUCUUCGAGGAGCACGACGACUACAAGUACACCGGGCUUGCUUGGCUGUUCUUGGGAGUUCCGACAAGCGACACCCUGCUGUACAAGGAGGAGCUGGAGAAGAUGAAGGAGAUUGCUCCGCACAACUUCCGGCUGGACUUUGCGGUGAGCCGGGAGCAGACGAACGCGGCCGGGGAGAAGAUGUACAUCCAGACGCGGAUGGCGGAGUACAAGGAGGAGCUGUGGGAGCUUCUCAAGAAGGACAACACCUACGUCUACAUGUGCGGGCUCAAGGGCAUGGAGAAGGGCAUCGACGAAAUCAUGACCGACCUCGCAGCGAAGGACGGGAUCGACUGGUUUGAGUACAAGAAGAAGCUCAAGAAGGGCGAGCAAUGGAACGUCGAAGUCUACUGAUGAUGGAUCCAUGCAUCGAACGAAUCCCAUUCAUACUAGCUACAUACAGGCGUCAUCAUGUCAAUACUACAUCCAUCAUUUUGUUGUGCAAGCUAAUUAAUUAAGCUCCAUGAUCAAUUUGCCUGCUGGCUUGUUGCAUUGCAUGCGUCUUGUAUGUCUUGUAUGUAUGUAUGUAUGUAUGCAUGUAUGUAUGUAUCCAGUAGCCGGUCAGUCUAUUGAUUGAGAUGCACCCUGAUGAGCUCAGGUGAACUCAACUUGCUGUACAGUGCCAUUUCAUUUUUUUUUUCGAGAACGUGCUCAGGAGAGCAUGGUUAUCUUUUUUUGGACGAAAAACAAA